AUGAACAAACCUGACACAGCUGUUCAGAGCGGACCACCGGCAGCCUCCGCCUCUGUCAUUGGUGGAAACUCAGAGGUCAAAGUUUCUUUUCCGGAUUGGGAGGGACAAGUGAAAUUAUCUUAUAUUUUUCCAAAUGGUGAUAAAUAUGAGGGGGAAUACUGUAGCUCUGCAUCAGGGGUUAUGGUAAGGAGUGGUACUGGAAAACACACUUCAGCAAGUGGCAUCAUAUACACUGGAGAAUGGCAGGAUGAUAAAAUGAACGGUAAAGGGACACUGCAGCAUCCCUCCGGAGCACAAUAUGAAGGAGAAUUCAAAGACAACAUGUACCACGGCACAGGAAAAUACACAUUCCCAGAUGGCUCCAUAUACACAGGUCAUUUUCACCAGAACAGGUUAGAGGGUGAUGGAGCGUUCACUGACACACUGGGGCUGGUUUGGAUUGGAGAAUUUCAUGGCAAAGAAGCGCUGGGCCUCAAAAUGCAGCUCAACCUGUAGAGAACUGCAAGGGUAGUAUUUUGUACUAUGAUGUCUAAAAGCUAAAUUGUUACACUUCUAUUAAAAUUAAGUUUUAUUAGCACAUUAGAAAAUACUGGUUUCAUUUUCUGUUUUUCU